AUGGAUGGCGGUGCUGACAUUGACGUUGACGAAGACGACUUUCUAGUGCUUGACGAGGAUGACGAGCUGCGCGCGCAGCGAAUCAGCGCGGCAGGAGAAGGGACCUCUGACGAGGGUCACGCCCUUCGGGACUUCUCCAAGAUGCAUCUCAAGGAGGACCACUCGCAGCGACCCAUGUGGGUGUGUCCGGACGGACGAAUCAUCCUGGAGACCUACUCGCCCCUCUACAAGCACGCCUACGACUUUCUGAUCGCAAUUGCCGAGCCAGUCUGCCGUCCAGAGAAUGUGCACGAGUACAAUCUCACGCCCCACUCCCUCUACGCAGCGGUCUCAGUGGGUCUAGACACCAACACAAUCAUAUCAGUGCUCGACCGUCUCUCCAAGACCAAGCUCUCCCCUGACAUCAUCACCUUUAUUCGCGAGUCUACUCAGAACUACGGCAAAGUGAAGCUGGUGCUGCAGCGCAACAAGUACUUCGUCGAAUCGCCCUACCCCAAUGUGUUGCGGGAGCUUCUGAGAGACGAUGUGAUUCGCCGAGCCAGAAUCUUGCCAGCUGUCAAUGCUCAGGGAGCAGGGGACGCGUUUGCAGUGCAGCAGGGGGGGGCAGCAGACGGGUCAGCAGCAGCGCUCACGCAUGCGCUCAUGGGGGCAGGGGAGGAUGUGGGGGGCGAUGUGGGCGGGGGAGGGGACGACGGCGAGUUUCACUCCUUUGAGAUUGACCCCUCUCAGGUAGGUCAGGUGUGCUAUAGGCCUGCUGCCUCUUGCCCGUUCCUUAACGUAGGCAGGGGAGGGGACGAGAAGGAAUCUUACUUCUUUGCGCUUCUUUUUGUGCGCACUCCUGCCUUUAUGGGGCCGAUGUCGAGCGCGCUCAGGCAUCGUUGUGUUGCCGUGCGGUGCAGGCAAAUCCCUGGUCGAGCGCGUUCAGGCAUCAUAGUGCUGCCCUGCGGUGCAGGAAAGUCCCUGGUGGGAGUGUCAGCAGCGGUGCGCAUUCGAAAGAGCUGCCUGUGCCUGGCGACCAAUGCAGUGUCGGUGGAUCAGUGGUGCCUGCAGUUCAAAAUGUGGUCCACGAUCAAGGAUCAACAUAUCUCGAGAUUCACCUCUGAUACCAAGGAGAUGUUUCAGGGCGAUGCAGGUAUUGUGGUGACAACGUUCAACAUGAUUGCAUUCGGAGGGAAGCGGUCGGCAGAAUCGAAUAAGAUCAUCGAAGCCAUCCGAUCACGCGAGUGGGGCUUGCUGCUCAUGGACGAGGUGCACGUGGUGCCAGCUCAGAUGUUCCGGAAGGUCAUUGGCAUCACCAAGUCGCACUGCAAGCUGGGCCUCACAGCCACGCUGGUGAGAGAGGACGAGCUAAUUGCAGAUCUCAACUUCCUGAUUGGUCCCAAACUGUACGAGGCCAACUGGCUGGACCUGGUGCGAGGGGGGUACAUCGCCAACGUGCAGUGCGUUGAGGUGUGGUGUCCCAUGACCCGCGAGUUCUACGCAGAGUACAUCAGAGCCGAUGCAAGGAAACGACAGGGUCUGUACGUGAUGAACCCCAACAAGUUCCGCGCGUGCGAGUACCUGAUUCGCUUCCAUGAGGAGCAGCGGCGGGACAAGAUCAUUGUGUUUUCGGACAACCUCUUUGCUCUGGAGCAGUAUGCCAGGAAGCUCAACAAGCCCAUGAUCUACGGCCCCACCAGCCAUGCAGAGCGCACUCGAGUGCUCUAUGCCUUCAAAAACAGCCCCAACGUUAACACCGUCUUCCUCUCCAAGGUGGGGGACAACUCGAUUGACAUUCCCGAGGCGAACGUGAUCAUCCAGAUCUCAUCCCACGCGGGGUCGAGGCGGCAGGAGGCGCAGCGGCUGGGGCGCAUUCUGAGGGCCAAGGGGCGGAAGGAGGAUCGCAUGGCUGGGGGCACGGAGCACUACAACGCGUUCUUCUACUCCCUGGUCUCGACCGACACUCAGGAGAUGUAUUACUCGUCCAAGAGGCAACAAUUCCUCAUUGAUCAAGGUUACUCCUUCAAGGUGGUAACAUCGCUGCCCCCACCAGGGGAGGGGGACGACCUCUGCUACACGUCCAAGCAGGAGCAGCUUGAUCUGCUCUCCACCGUCCUCAGCGCAGGAGACGAGGCACUAAGGGAGGAGGUGCUAGCAGAGGACUAUGACGACCUGAGCCACGUGCCCACCAUCGUGAGGCGCUCCGCUGCUUCCAUGAGCGCCAUGUCCGGCGCGCAGGGGCGCUCUUACAUGGAGUUCAG